AGAGUGGUGUUGAUCUGGAUCGCAGCUCAGCGACCCCCAAGACGAGAUUUGGCACUAGAUGGAUAUGGUUAGGCCGGAUCCUGUCGUUAUGGGGAAGGCUAGCGGUCGACUCUCUGCCGCCGACACAACUCAACCCAAGCCUCGCAGCCGAAACCCGAGGCAGUGCCUCAAGCGAUGGUCAGGAUCAAAAUGACGCUAUAUCACACGUCAAUGGAUGACGGCUGAAAGCCAAACCUGACUAUCUGCUCACCGAACAGCAAAGGCUCACCCAAGAUGACUACAGCUUCACAGAGAAUCCCGGCCGCCGUCCGACCUCUGGUCAGCGAGCGCGCAAGGAAGACUCUUGACAUCGUAGAGAAAUUUGUCAACGAAGAAUGCAUCCCCGCCGACGAAGUCUACAAAGCGCAGCUAGGCCAAGGCCCUGGACGCUGGAGCUACCCGCCCAUCAUGGAGGAUCUGAAAGCCAAAGCGAAAGCUCUCGGCCUCUGGAACAUGUUUCUAGCCAAGGGCCAUUACAAAGAGGGCGCGGGUUUCACGAAUCUCGAGUUUGGCCUGAUGAGCGAGCAAUUCGGCCGAAGCGUGACCGCCUCCGAGGCCACGAACAACGCCGCACCAGACACAGGGAACAUGGAGUUGCUCUCCAAAUACGGUACUGAGGCGCAGAAGAAGCAAUGGCUAGAGCCGCUGCUGCGAGGCGAGAUCAGGAGCUGCUAUGUCAUGACUGAGCCGGACUCCGCGUGUAGUGAUGCGACCAACGUGCAAUUGAGCAUCAAGCGCGACGGCGAUAGCUAUGUACUGAACGGCCAGAAAUGGUGGAUUAGCGGCGCUGGAGAUCCUCGCUGUGCCGUGUAUAUCGUGCUGGGCAAGACGGACCCGGAUCAUGCGGAGAAGUAUAAGCAGCAGUCGAUCAUCAUUGUGCCCUCCAAUACCCCAGGCAUCGAGAUCAAGCGCAUGCUGUCUGUGUAUGGCUAUGAUCAUGCACCGCAUGGACACGCACAUUUGGUCUUCAAGGAUGUCCGUGUCCCCGCAAACAACAUCGUUCUGGGCGAGUCGAGGGGAUUCGAAGUCAUGCAAGGACGAAUGGGACCAGGGCGCAUCCACCAUUGCAUGCGCUCCAUUGGUACAGCCGAAGAAGCCCUCAGCUGGCUCCUCACCCGCGCCAACGCCCCACACAAGAAACCCUUCGGCAAGCAGCUGUCAGAGCAAGGCGUGAUCCUACACUGGAUAGCAAAAGCCCGGAUCGACAUCGAUGCCGCGCGACUCAUCGUCCUAAACGCAGCCGCCGCCAUCGACGCCGGCGACGCCAAAUCAGCUCUCGGCGAAAUCGCGCAAGCCAAGAUCCUCGUCCCGAACUUGGCGCUCGAAAUCAUCGACAAAGCGGUGCAGACAUACGGCGCGGAGGGUGUUUGCCAGGAUACACCGCUCGCGGCUAUGUGGGCGAUUGUCAGGACGGUCAGGAUUGCGGAUGGGCCUGAUGAGGCGCAUUUGGAGCAGUUGGGCAAGAGAGAAAAUAGGAGGGCGGCUGAGGCGGCGAAGCAGAUUCAGAGGCAGAUGGACCUCACUGAAGCGUUGUUCAAGAAGUGGAAGGUGAAGGAGAGUGGGCCUUGUUCGAGGUUGUAGACUGCUUCACCGGCUGAGGGAUUUUGGGAGCUGAAUGAAGGUUCAAGUGCACUACACUUGCGAUUCUUUCACCCAUUUUCAAGAGUGC